AUGUCUGUUCAUAUCUAUCUGUCUGUUUAUAUCUAUAUAUCUAUCUCAGUCAAUUCAUAUCUAUCUAUCUAUCUAUCUAUCUAUCUCAGUAUGUUCAUAUCUAUCUAUCUCAAUCAGUCUGUUCAUAUCUAUCUAUCUAUCUAUCUAUCGAAGUCUGUUAAUAUCAAUCGAUUGAUCGAACUAUCUCAUUUGUUGAUAUCUAUCUAUCUAUCUAUCUAUCUAUCUAUCUAUCCUAUCCCACAUCUAUCUAUCUAUCUAUCUAUCUAUCUAUCUAUCUAUCUUCUCUCUUCAGAUCUGUAUAUCUAUCUAUCUAUCGAUAUCAUUUUUAUAUCUAUCUACCUAUUUAUCUCAAUCUGUUCAUAUCAGUUAAUCUUCACAUCUUAUUUUGCUAAUAUCUAUCUAUCUAUCUAUCUAUCUUCAAUUCAUAUCUAUCUAUCUAUCUAUCUAUCUAUCUAUCUAUCUAUCUAUCUUCAAUUCACCAUCUAUCUAUCUAUCUAUCUAUCUAUCUAUUUAAGCCUGUUUAUAUCUGUCAUUGAAUCCUUAUCUACCUCUGUCUAA